GGCCGGAAGCGCGGCGCCGCUUGUAAAAGAUAAGAAAGAGUGGCCGGGCAACACCACAAACGCCGCGGGGGGGCCGGCCGUCCGAGCGGCCCCCUUAUGGACGCCGCCCGCACGAAGAUCCACAGCGCCCGGCGUUGGUUGGAGAAUUGCUGUCCCCGCACCCUGCGCGCCCCCUCGGCUCCGCAUUCAGGCGCUCCGCGGCCCUCUCCUGUCCCGGGUGGGGCAGAGCGAUGCAGGACGCCGCCCGAGGGAUCAACGAGCGACGGACAGACAGGCCAGGGCGCCGCAUUGGGCGCGGGGGCGGCCGGAUGUGGGGAGAUGGACUGUCUUCCGGAACACGUAGCAAGUGGGGGUCGCUUUCCGGGCGACUGUGGCAGAGUGAGAAAAGUGGGGGGCCCCGGGCUCCGUGUGACUUUCUUAGGCCAGCAAAGAUGUUGCGGCACAGUUCUAAGCGUCCGGCUGAGGACCUGGACACGCGGGGCCCGAAGCGCCACCAGGCGCAGCCCGCGACCUGGCGCGCGUCGUGAGGUAAAAGAUGGCAAGGCGCCCGCAAUGCGUGCGCCUGAGGUACAUCAGGCCGGGGCAUAGGCCCCGGGAGGGGCCGGGGUCGGGUUGGUAUUUCUUUGGUUGCGUGCCUGCGCUAGUUUGCGGCCUCCCGGGGCCUCGUGGGUGG